AUGUCUGGAGAAAAGAAAUUACCCAUAGUUUACAUCUCCAGAACGGACUCAUUCAGCGCAUGUCAUCGGCUUCAUUCAAACGCUCUUACAGAGGAGGAAAAUCGAAGAGUGUUCGGCAAAUGUAACAAUCCAAACGGCCACGGCCAUAAUUACAAAGUCGAAGUCACAGUUCGUGGACCUGUUGACCCCUCAACUGGAAUGGUAAUGAACAUAUCUGAUCUUAAAACUUGCAUGGAGAAAGCGUUUAUGUCGACGCUUGAUCACAAAAAUUUGGACAUGGACUUGGAUUAUUUCAAGGAUAAAGUUAGUACAGCGGAGAAUAUAGCUGUAUAUAUAUGGGAGAGAAUGACUGAACAACUUUUACCUGGACUUCUAUACGAAGUCAAAGUGCAUGAAACUGAAAAGAAUGUCUCUAUAUACCGAGGUGAUGUAUCAGCCUAA